AAAGCUUCUUCAACCUCUAAAGCCAAUUUGAGCGCGCGCGAAUCUUACUCUGCAACUCAAAAAGCUUCUUCAACCUCUAAACCAAAACCUCGACUUCCAAAGCGUAACGACAAUGUCGACCGCCAAAGCGAGUAACAAGAAGAGCAGGACCGAGCCUCAGCGCGCCAAAUCGGAUCACCUCGAUCUCGAUCUCGAUCUCGACCUCUCCAAUGAUCUCAAAGGAAUUAUGUCGGCACUGCAUCAGAUCCGAGAGAAAGCUCACAAUGACGGGCUUAAGAAGAACGAGGAGACCAUAUCAAGUGUGGCUGCUGAGGUCAGGUCUGUGAUUGAUGAUCUGAAGUCCAAAGUUGAGAAGGAUAGACAAAGUUUCGCUAAAUCUCUUUCGAAGAGCUCAAAAGAGUGUGAGAAUUGCUUGAAGACUGAAACUGCCAAGUUCCAAGCACUCUAUGAGAAGUUUUGCAAGGACCAAGCCAACCAUCUACAGGCCUUGAAAGGCAUCAUUUCCAACUAUGAAGAAGAGAAGGAAAGGCUCUGCACACGAUAUGAACAACUGAGAAAGAAAGAAAGGAGUCUGAUAUCUGAGCAUGAGAAAUCUUGUACUGAUAAAAUUGCUAAACUGGAAGAGUCAUUGAAAAAGAAGAAGCAGGAUGACAGAACUUUCAGCGUUCUGAGAAAGACUCUUGGCUCAUUUCUGGAGAGUGACGAGGACAUCCCGGCUGAUGAUUGAAUGAACAUUUAACUGUUUGAGCUCAAGUCUCCAGUUACUCUUUCCCCCUAAAAGAUGUUACGUUUAUUAAUUCUUGCAAUAUUAUAUGGUCCAUGUUUCUGCCAUAGGUGUAAAGUUGAAUUUCAUAUACAGUACCACAUUAUAACAUGCUGCAUGUGCAAAAUGUUUAAAAUUAGUCACAAAUUAAUUCACAAA